AUGGAUCAACUCGAGCACUCUAUUCUCCCUCCAAACAUUUCCAAGACCGGCUCAAGACCAUGGAAGAUGGGCCUUACAGACUUGACUGUGUCUGUCCCUGGCUCUCAAGCUAGACCUGGGCAAGAGCCUGCGCCACAGAGGUGGACCACUACAGAAUUUCGCUUCUAUGCUAUCGUGUUCAUUUUGGUGGUUCCCAUGAUGCUUUGGGUCCCGAUGAGGGUGAGCUUGCCUACGCACCCCAACUACCCUCUGUAUUCCUACAAGCUCUCGCCUGGGUGGAUGUUUGGCAGACAAGUAGACAAUAGUGAUAUCCAGUAUCGCACUUUCAGAAGCAACCUUCUCCCACUCCUCAUGCUUGCUUCCUCCAAUCUCAUCGCCUCCUUCCUCCACUCUCGCGCUCUUUCAGGCAUCAUCUCGAGGCCACGUUUCAUUGCCAUUUCUUCCAUUGCUGUGACAAUACUUCUGCACGGAAGCUCAUCCGCCAAAGUGUUGGCCAUAUUGGCCCUCAAUUACUACGCCUCAAAGUUUCCCUUGACACCUGCGAUGCGCAAAGUGUGGCCGGGAGUGAUAUUCUGUGGCAAUAUGGUCGUCCUGUUCUUCAAUGAGAGAUAUAACGGCUACAAAUUCUCCAGCCUCCAUGCGGAUUUGGGCUUCUUGGACGAUUACAAUGGUCUCCUGCCACGGUGGCAUGUUGGAUUCAACAUUACCAUGAUGCGUCUAGUGUCAUUUGGCUUGGAUUAUAUCUGGCGGGUAGAGCCAGCCGAAGCCGAGGCCCCCAUCGAGUACCGAAAACGAGCGGGCACAUCUCUCCCAGAAAAGGAUUACUCUUUCACCAACUAUCUUGCAUACUGCCUGUAUCCUCCCUUAUAUGUGGCUGGGCCAAUCAUGUCUUUCAACGACUUUGCAUGGCAACUCAAGAAACCCGUGGAAAUCACACCGCGCACCAAAAUUGCAUAUGCUUUCCGCUUCCUCGUGUGUAUCUUGACCAUGGAGCUUGUGCUGCAUACGAUGUAUGUCGUGGCCAUCAAAGACACGGCUGCCUGGGAUGGCGAUACACCGGCGGAGCUGAGCAUGAUUGGGUUCUGGAACCUGGUCAUCGUCUGGCUCAAGCUGCUAAUCCCAUGGCGCUUCUUCCGAUUAUGGGCGCUCUGGGAUGGUGUUGACCCACCAGAAAACAUGGUCAGAUGCAUCUCCAACAACUAUUCUGCCCUCGGUUUUUGGCGCAGUUGGCAUCGAAGCUUCAAUCUAUGGGUCGUCAGAUAUGUGUACAUCCCGGUCGGAGGAUCCAAGAAUGUUGUGCCAGCUACGUUGCUCGUCUUCACCUUUGUCGCCUUGUGGCAUGACUUGUCAUUCAAGCUGCUUGCGUGGGGAUGGCUCGUCAGUCUGUUUAUUGUUCCCGAGAUCGCGGCCAGAAAGCUCUUCACAGCGGAGAAGUUUGGAGAGCAUCGAUACUAUCGCCAUGUUUGCGCGCUCGGGGGCGUCGCCAACAUCCUCAUGAUGAUGGUUGCCAACCUGGUCGGAUUUGUUCUGGGAGUGGACGGAACAAGACAUCUCUUGAAAGAGCUUACUUCGACAUUCUCAGGAUGGAUGUUCCUACUGUUUGCUUGUGGCUGUCUGUUCGUAGGUGUACAAGCCAUGUUCGAGUAUCGAGAAGAGGAGAAACGGGAGGGCAUAGACAGGAGAUGCUGA